UCAAAAAAUAUCGAAUUGGCUAUUGACGCAACAUGUUGGCAAAUAUAUGGUAUUAUAGUCUUAUAUAUGAGUAUUUUAAUUAUGUUUGGUCAGCGUAACCAGUAAUUAUGUGUUAAAAGAAAGAACAGUGGCUUUUCCUCGUCCCCCUAAGCACAACCGGCGUUGAUGGCGUCGACAAACAGCUAAUGAGCCGUCAGGAGGAGAAACUACCUGGAAGUCGAACUUACAACACAUUUUCUGUGAAGUUAUUUGGAUUUGUAAUGUCGUCUGGUUGUUAUUUGUGACUAUGUUGGACAACAAUAGUCCCGUUUUUUCCGAAACGGCCACAAAGCAGCCUCAAACGUCCUCUGCCACCACGGAAUACUGCGAGAAACUGCAGCGGUGGAUGUGGCAGUAUUACUGGGGCUGCAGCCCGUCCAGCUGGGGCUUUCUACCAGCCUUCCCUCUUCCUCACACGCCGGACGCAGCUCUCUCGACUUCCGCCGGUGACCAACAGGCUUUCGACGUCCGGAAUUGGUACAGCUACCCUUCUCCUCUCAGUCCGCCCACGUUGCCUCAGCCUCCUCCGUAUGUCGGCGGUGACCAGGCUGAGCGAAGCGCCGCUUCGGCGGAUGCCCGAGCGGCGCAGCAGCAGAACGGCAACACUCUUCAGGCAGGGCGGGAAUACAAGAUUCCUUCUCCUCUCCAAAGAUUCCUGGCAGAGACGGUGGACUUCAUCAUCUUGUUUUGUGUGAAGGCCACCAUCGUGUUAUGGAUCAUGCAUCUGAGCGGCAUGAAGGACAUUGCAAAGUUCAUCACCCACUUCAUCGUGGAGGAAAUUGACGAGAACACGUCUUUAGAAGAUCUACAGAAGAUGAUGGCGGUUGCUCUGGUCUACAGGGUUCUAGUGUGUGUUUAUGAGACGCUCUGCAUUUGGGGUGCUGGCGGCGCGACUCCAGGAAAGUUCCUGCUCGGUCUGCGAGUUGUGACGUGCGACACGUCCACGCUGGUACGACCCAACCGCGUUCUUGUGGUCCCGGCGUCCAACGUCUCCCUCUCUGCCUCAAUGGUGCGUGCGCUGAACAAGAACUUCUCGAUUGCGUUCCUCUUUCCCGUCUUCAUCACGCUGCUCUUCUUCCAGCACAACAGGACUGUGUACGACAUCGUCGCAGGAACCAUAGUUGUGCAGCGCAGAAGCGCUAGAUAGUUUCUCCUCCGGACCGACUGAGCGGAGCCGGCCAUUGUGAUGGCCAAAGAGACUUUUUGCACUGAGUGUUGAAAGACUGAUGGACUGAGCAUUGAUUUGUUUAAUGGACGGACUGCACUGCUUAGACUUCAGAAGCAUCUUAGAGAAGCUUUUAUCAUGACUGAACCCAUAGAUCCAAACCCUCCACAGUAUUGUGAGUUUUGAUUGACUGUUUAUGCAAACUGUAAAUGAUGCUGAACUUUCCAGGUAAUUGACACAUGAUGUAAAGUUCUAAAAAUGUGUAAUAUUAAAAUAAAUGAUUAUAUUUCAUAAACAAGAUAAAUGUGGAUUUACUGAACUUUUAACAUUUGGAAACUUUUAUAAUACAUUUCAUCAAGUUAAAUUUCUAGCUUAAAAGGACAAAAGUUUUGAAUGAUUUCUUGUGAUUUACCUGAAGUUUCAUGUCUCCUGAUUCUUAUUGUGUUUUCCGAAGUAAAACUGUGUAUUUUUAAAAUGGGGGAAGAAAAGUAGUAAACUACAUUUACUCUCUUUAUUGUAACGGAUUAACUUUACUUGUAACUUUUGAGGAACGUCAUACAGAGAAACGGAAGAAAAGGAUUAGAAGCAUGGAGGGUGAUGAGGAAAGGUUGGAAUUCAAAGAAUAAAGUUAGAAGUUUAAGACUGACUUUAGAAAACAACAAAAAAGAAAAGAUUUCUAAGACCAAAUUAAAAAUUCUGGGAAAAAAUAUUUGAGGAUGAAGGGAAAAUUCUAAAAAAAA